AAACACAGAGACCCGGAAAAAAUAGAGCCUAGCUUCCUUUGUUUUGUGUAGUCGGCAGUUUUUAGGGAAGAAGAUGGGUCCGGAGUCCUUCAGAUGGUCUUAUCUGCUGCUUAUUAGUUUAUUUUACUCCUAUGUCAGCUGUAGCUCUGUGGAGCAGAAGAUCUACAUUCAGCUGAACAACACGGUUCCCUGUGUCCGGCUCCUCAAUGCCACACAUCAGAUAGGAUGCCAGUCCUCUAUAUCAGGAGACACAGGAGUCCUCCAUGUGUUUGAGUCAGAAGCAGACCUGGAGUGGAUUCUCACCAAUGGCCCUCAUCCUCCCUACAUGGUAGUGAUGGAGGCAGUCUUCUUCACCCGGCCGACCAUGAUGAGGAUGAAGAACUCCAGCAGGGUGGCAGGAGUAGCUGUGAUCAGCUCCAGCACAGCACCAUCUGAGGGCUUCUCCCCACACACACGCUGCCCCAACCAGAACUCAGGUGUUUAUGGAGAGAGCUACGGUCCAGAAUUGGCCAACUGUAACAAUACAGUGUGGAAUCCUCUGGGAAACAACCUGUCCUACGAAGACUUCGCCUUCCCCAUCUUCUUUCUGGAAAAUGAUAAUCAGACCCAGGUCAUCCGCAAGUGCUAUGAGGAUCAUAACGUGCGUGUGAAUGGCACCGCCCCCGAGUACCCGCUCUGUGCCAUGCAGCUGUUCUCUCACAUGCACGCAGUCACAGACACUGUGACCUGCAUGAGACGCACUGACCUCCAGAACAGCUUCAGCAUCAACCCAGAGAAACUGUGUGAUCCACUCAAUGAUUUCAAUGUGUGGGCAUCCAUCCGGCCUCUCAACAGCAGCAUCAAGGGCCACAAGGAGAACGAGAGCGUGGUCAUAGCAGCAACCAGGCUGGAUGGGAGGUCGUUUUUCUGGGAUGUCGCUACAUCAGCAGAAGGAACGGUUUCCGGUAUCGUGACUCUCCUGGCUGCUGCACAGGCUCUUUAUCCUGUCACUCAAGAAGCUCCGCCUCCACGCAACAUCUUCUUCACCUUCUUCCAGGGGGAAGCCUUUGAUUACAUUGGUAGCUCCCGGAUGGUGUAUGAUAUGCAGAACGCUAAAUUUGUCAUCGACAUGGACAACGUUCACUCACUGCUGGAGAUCGGACAGGUUGGGCUAAGAAACGGAUCAAAUCUGUGGAUUCAUUCAGACCCUGUAUCUCGUAAAAACAGCUCUGUGAAUGAGGAGGUUGAUAAGCUGGUGAAAAAUAUGCAGUCUGUGGCCUCCUCUCUCAAACUCUCAGUGGAGGAGCCGGGUUCCUCUCAGGCCUUACCUCCAUCCUCCUUCCAGCGCUUCCUGAGGGCUCGGCCAAUCCCAGGCCUGGUGCUCGCAGACCAUCAAUCAGCCUUCAUCAACAGGUACUACGAGAGUCUGUACGACACACCUGCAUACCUGAACUUGACGUAUCCACCAGACCUGAGCCCAGAGGAACAGCUGGAGUACGAGACAGAGGCUGCCAAGUCUCUCAGUGAAGUGGCUACUCUAGUUGCUCGCUCGCUCUAUACUCAGGCUGGAGGAGAUGACCAGUUUCUCAGCAACAUCACUGCAGACACAAAGACAGUGGCCAAGCUGCUGUAUGGGUUCCUGAUCAAGUCUAAUAACAGUUGGUUCAGUUCACUACUGCCUCCUGAGGCACUUGGACGGGGUUCAAUUCUAGGGACCGGCGCUCCUCAGUACUACAUCGGCUUGCGGCUGGACAACACUGUAAAGAGCGUGACUCGAUUUGUCCAGUUUAUUCUGGCCAACAUGACCGGGACGGUCCUCAGCCUUAACCAGAGUCAGUGCCAGAACCCCAACAGCGUUCCUGACCAGAGCAAAGACUUGUACUCGUACUCGUGGAUAUCUGGGCCUGUCUCGGCUAACGGCACAGCAGAAUCCUAUUGUGUCCGUGCCUCUGUGCGCCUGUCUAAAGCACUUUCCCCUGCCUUCGAGCUUCUGGAGUACGGCUCCAGGGAAUACUCCACGUGGACAGAAUCGCGCUGGAAGACUAUAGGGGCACGCAUCUUUCUGGUGGCUAGUCCAGAGCUAGAGAUGAUGACACUAGGAGUGGGCGUGGCCGUCUUGAUUGUGUCUCUUUUGGUGACAUACUUCAUCAGCUCGAAGGCGGAGCUUCUGUUUAGCUCAACCCGAGAGGCCCCAGCAACCACCUACUGAAAACAUCCAGGCUGUAACCCAACACAUCACCCCCCUCCCCAAACACACACACACACACACACAUUUUGCAGCUUUUAACUUAAUUCAAUACCACUAUCCAUAUUCUGGCAUUAAGAACGUACAUGGCUGACGUUUGCACGCCAGCAGAGAGCAAAGGACCAUCUAUAGUAGGACAGUUUACACACAUUUUCACACUGAGACACACACACACACAUUCACACACACUCCUCAAAUUCAGUUAUUCAGCCCAUCCAGAACAUGUACUAUACUGUACACUUAAAGACUGUAACUGUGUAACUGGACUUGGCCACACUGGUCUGAACUGGACAUGAUUUUAAGGCCAGGGUUAAGGAAAGAUGUUCAUAUUCAUUUACUUUGUUUUUCCUUUUUUUUUAAUUGCCAGAUUUUAUUUGUGCUUACUGUACUUUGGUUUGGGUUUGGCACUAAUAUGAAUGAUUAGUUUGUGUGUGUAUGUGAGUGUAUGAUCACUAAAUUGUGUGUGUGAGCAUUAAAUUGGUUAAGUGUGUAGGUUUGUGUGUGACUGAGGCAAUUGUAUUUAUGAAGCUUAAAAUCUGACAUAUUUACGUAUUUAAAUCUGAAUUUUGAUUAGGUUUACUUAAACCGGGAUUAGGCUUAGUUUAGGACUACACAGCAUUUACGCUGCGUUCACACAGCAGGUAAACGUGGCCCAAAUCUGAUCUUUUACGUCAUAUGUGACACAGGUGUGUCAUUUGUGUGGCUUCAUAAUACCCUGAUAUACUUCAGUAUGUGGUAUUGAAAUCUGACACAUACAUAACUAAUUCACAGCAAUGUCUGAAUACUCUGUCUGAAUGUCCAGAUCGAAAUUUAUGCGACUUUUAUGUCAAACAGAAGAAAAAUAUACUGUGAGGAGAAAGGAAAGUGACCAUGAGUAGACAGGAAAAUGGACAACAGCAGUGAGAAAGGGAUUCAUUGGCUGAAAACAAGACAACAGACCUCAUAAAUAUCUGGACUGAUGUAUUUUUUCUAAUAAUAUUACAAAGCUAAUGUCGCAGCAGUGUGGUGUUUCUAAUAAUUUGGCUGCAGCAUCUAAGGAAAAUAAAAAUAACAAGUCCUUUUUACAGCGAGCUAAAGAGAAUUCUCAGAGAUGAGCUCAGGAGCUGCAGUCAAAAAGAUCUGACAAAGAUUUAAGUGAAACUUAAUGUGAAGCAUUGCUCUUUUGCGUAUUCAUGUUGCUUGCAAAGCGUAAAGCGUUCAGACAGAUGUUAGAUAUUGGUCACAUUUUAAAAGAUUGUGUGAACAGCCUAAACUACAUAUCGAAUUAGGUUGAACAUGUUUACCUGCUGUAUAAAUGUACCCUUUGAUUUCCUAUUGAAAUGAGAAUUUAGUUUGGGACUGGGCUUAAUGCCUGUCCUGGAAAUCAACCUGAAUUGUUUAUUGGCAUAAUUCAUAAAUUUAAACAGUAAAGGUGUUUUUUGUGUGUGUUUUGAGCUUGUGAUGUGAAAUUUUACUGUUGGAAAAAAAGACAAAAAAUUUAAAUUCAUCCAUAAAUUCUAAUAUAUCUUUUAAAAGUUUCUUGUGAAUCUGAAUUGAUUUAAAUCUGAAAGUGGGCUGGGUUUUAUUUUAUUUAUUUUCUUCAACAGCAAAAUUCAUCACAUGUUCAAAACACUAAUUCUAAUUUAAUAAAUACAAAAAAAAGAAAGGUCAGACAGUGCCAGUAUAAUGUCCAGUAUAUUUAUUUGAUUAAAGGCCUUUAUGUAAAGGCUUUUAUACGGGUGCUGUCUGACUUUUCAAAUUUGUUGUUAUGGAUUCAGCAUGUGAAAAGUUUAGUUUUAGGAGGGCAGCCUGUUUGUUUGAUCCUUUUGAAAAAUGUAAAAAAAAAAAAAAAAAAAAAAAUACACCAUUAAAUAAUUAAAGUGUAUCAAAAGCAAACGUUAAGCAAAUUUAAUUUAAAUACUUGCAUCUGCUUUUAAGCUCCAUAGUAUGUGCAAGUCUGAAAUCGAGUGCUUUGUGUAUAUUUCUGAAAUCCAGUGUGUAAGUAUGUGUGUGUGUAUAAGUGUACAUGUGGGGGAAUGUGAACGCAGUAUGUGCAAUAGUUGUAGCGGAGUUCAUUUGAUUUUCUUUCUCUGUGUAAAUUCUCCUGAAGAGAAUGUAACCUCUGACCCCCGGAGGAGGAGGGUCAGCUCACAGCCGAAUGACCACUACUAAACUCUUCAGUCCCGAGCGGACGGAGGCGCUGGGCUUCUUAUCGCCUCACUGUAACUGUAAAUGACUCUGCUAUUACCGUGUUUCCAGAUUAGACACACAGAGCUUUGAAGAACCAAAUCAACUAUGAUGGCAGCAUUUUAUUUUUUUUUCCACGAUGAUGAGUGAGCUGAAAUAUUUUGAUUUAUGAUGUCAUUAUUUUUCUCUGAGAAACAGAGAGAGGUUAGGAAUCGAUGCCUUGAUUACUGAAUAAACACGGCUUAUUUUACAACUGAA